GCCGACUCCGUUCUUCCCUCCCACAACCAAGUCGAACAUUCGAACUUCACCCUCCCAUCUUGCAUUGAAACGUAUCUAUCAUGUCGUCGCCGACGUCGUCAGAGUAUUCCUCCCUUGACACUCAGUCGUUCUUGAUACGCAGGGUCCCACCCCCAGGAACGUACAAAGUGAAAUACAGCGGCGCGCGCUGGGACUACUACCUCGACGUGCCCCAGGCGGGCGAGACGAUUGACAUGUCCCUCGCACUACCCCAUUACCGCGCCCGCAACCAACCCAUUGACCACCGAAUGAACAUCUUCGUGGGCAAUGAGACAGGCCCGGUCAAGCUAAAGAUCUGCCGCAACACACACCGCACCCGUUUCUCCCUCGAGGUCUCCGCCUCCACCUCCGACGUUGUCGUCUGGAUCCCCUCUGACUUCAAGGGUACGAUCACGCACUCGGGCAAGGCGACCUUCUCCGCGGGCUUCGUCAACCACGUCGCCGCGAACGCGCGCAUCAACGACAAGGCGCUCGAUGCCAUUGACGGCAACCUCGACGAGGACGUCGUCAUCGUGUCUACGCACGGCACCGUGAACUUCCGCAUGUGGGACGUGCGCACCAGCGCUGUCGAGAACCCGCAGAAGGAGGCCAUCAAGCGGAUAUUCGGGGUGAAGCGCCGGGCGCCCGAGACGCCGGUCAACUGGGACUUCCUCAUUCAGGAGUAGAGCUCCCCCGUCGCUACGCACUGCUCACCCCUGCUGUCUCGCUCUCUGCGCUGGACUGGCUCCUUGCUGCAUCAUCAUCAUCAUCCCGCCUCGACGGCUCCUCCCUGGACCAAUGCCUCCGCACGCAUCUAUGUCCCCUGCAUGAUCAUCACGGACUUCGCCUUCAAUUGUACACAUUGCUGCAUACCAUUUAACCAUUAUACCUGUUCCGCCAUUGUCACCGGCCUCUCCGCCAUACACAGUCUCGACCCCCUUGUAGCUUUAUCUCCUCUCCUCAACGCCGUGUAUCCAUACCAUCUCUAGACAUGUUCCCUUCACGAACCAUCCUAUGCCUUGUUCAUGACCUUCACAUAUAUCAGCAACAUAUAUAGCAUUCCAACGUUAUGCUCGUAUACUCUUAGGUUCCCUUACGACUACAUUGAAUAUUCAUCACACGUACAGAUCUCCCGAGCAUGACCUGAGACAGCUUUAG